AUGAGGGACCGCAUUGGGAGGUAUGACAAGUAUACAUCUUUGAAUGCGUCGCGUUCUCAAAUCUGGAGAGAAGUAGCCACGACGGAGAUGAAAAAGGUGGAGAGACCUCGUCCCAUAUUUGACAGAGGAGGAUUAGAUAAGUCCAAAUACUGCGUCUUUCAUGAUGGGUCAGGUCACACAACUGAUCAAUGCUGGGAUCUCCGAGAUGCGGUGGAGAAGUUUGUAAGAGAUGGUAGAUUACGUCAAUACGUAAUAAAAACCCAAGGUUCCAUAAACAACAAAAGAAAGUUGGGAAACAGGAAUCGAAGCAAAAGUCCUGUUACUGAAAAGAAGAACAAACAGGAUAAGAAUCAGAAAAAUGAUUCCAACUAUGACGAAUUCUCAGAAGUGGAGUUUGAUUGUAAUGUAAUUAGUGGAGCCUUGGGGGGAAGAGGAGAUACUGUAAGUGCUAGAAGAAAAUACCUGAAAGAGGUACUCUCUAUUCGAGAUCGUCCCACGUUCAAAGAAGACCCAACCAAGCCAGAUCCACCUCUUUUAUACUUUACCAAAGAAGACAUGCGCAGAGUGUUGCCGGGUCAUGUUGACGGACUGGUCAUUGCGGGGACCCUAGUGAAUUGCCGGGUUAGGAAGAUUUUCGUGGAUGCAGGAAGUUGUGCGGACAUCAUACUCUGA